AAGUGCUCAGCCUGGUGACGUUGGAGUUGAAGCUGGAAGAUGAGUGAACAGAGAUGUGAUUGUUCCGUCUCUCUCUCGACUCCAGCGGACUGUUGGCUCGUUUCAACGUGUUAACAGCAACAAUAAGGACCUUAACUACCGGAAUGUCGUUAAAAACAGAAACAAUAGUCAGUUAUUUUGUUGUAUUUCUUCAAACAGUCGUCGGACGAUGCUAAACUGGCAGCUAACUAACCGACAUUAGAUCGAUAGUGUGUCUGUUCUUUGACAGCUAUCCGCCUUCCAGCUGCUCACUUCAGGUAUUCAUCUUAAAGGUGAACCUCCACGUGAGCAGCAGAAGGUUAUUUAGACCCUUCAGGUGGAGGUGGAGGCGACAGCCACGUCAGCUAACAUCUGAUCUCCUCUGGUCUGGUGUAUUGGAGCUCUGCUGUGCUCUUGGUUUGGUUCUGUGAUAUCCAACAGUCCUGAGUUAAUGGCUCCGAUGGGUAUCCGGCUGUCUCCGCUCGGUGUGGGGGUGUUCUGCCUGCUGGGAGUCGGUGUCAUCUACCACCUGUAUGCCGGGGUCAUCUCCAACCGCCUGGCUGCCUUCAGACAGAAGAGCCAAGUGGAUCUGAGGGACCUGCUGGCUGUCUCAGUGGAGGCUGCAGUGCUCGGUGGCUUAGAGGUGAAGAAGGUGCGUGAUGAGAAUGGCCUGCAGGAGAAGUCAAAGGGCAAGACGAAGGAGGGAGUCAAUGACCCUCUGACUAUGGGUGACCUGCAGUCUCACAGGAAGAUGUUUAACCUUAUAAGCAACACCUUCCCUGACAUCACGGUGAACAGCGAGGAACAUGACAGCGUGGUGGAUAAGGCUUUAGCCUGGAGCCGGGACAUUCCACAAGACAUACUCGACAAGAUAGAGGCGGGCAAGGACGUUCCUGCUGAGAGCAUCACAGUGUGGAUCGAUCCUCUAGACGCUACACAGGAAUAUACAGAGAAUCUGGUGAAGUUUGUGACCACAAUGGUAUGUGUGGCUGUAGAUGGUAAACCAGUCAUUGGGGUCGUACACCAGCCGUUCACUGGGUUCACUGCCUGGGCGUUUGUAGGUCAGGGGUCAAACAUGAGUCCCCGUACGUCCUACAGUAUCAGCCCUCCGAAGGCCAUCGUGUCACGUUCUCACUCUGGAAAAGUUAAAAGUUUUGUUCAGGAGGCUUUUGGAAACAGCACAACAAUUAUAGAAGCAGGUGGCGCAGGAUAUAAGGUCCUGGCACUUUUGGAGAUGCCUCCAAGUGAAACGAGUUCUAUGGACCAGGCAGAUGUUUACAUCCACGUCACCUUCAUUAAGAAAUGGGACAUCUGCGCUGGUGCAGCACUACUGAAUGCACUCGGAGGCCACAUGACGACACUAAAGGGAGAGGACAUCGACUACAGUGGAACACCAGUCAAUAAAGGAGGACUGGUGGCCAGCGUUGGUGUGGACCACAAGGCCUUACUGGAGAAACUACCAAACUUGGACCCUGAAAAGCACUGAGGGACACAAACACAGAGCCAUUGGUAGUCUGGUCAGGUUGUGGUAAAGGCAACAUGUGGCAAGCUCUUUUCUAUAACUGAGAGUGGGCUGUAUCCAGGCCCGCGCCCAUUUUCAUCACCGUGGGGACACCAAACAUCCGCCGAUCAGAUGGAUUGGAGUCCCCGGCACCGGCACGGGCCGCCGAGCAGGACUGUGGAACCAACAUGGCUGACACAAUGGCUCUGAACGCACACUCCUGUACAUGCAUACAUACCUGCAGCUAGGAGAAAAAACGGCACACCUUCCUCUCCACAUGCAAAUACACACAAACACAAGCUCACAGUGAACACUGGAGUCCCUUCACCUUCAGAGGACAACGCUCUAAUGUGAAAUGAGGAGCACAACGCUGACCUUUACAACAGAACCUACGGAGUGACUGGCAUGAUCGUCUUUCAUCAUAUUAAGUCUAUAUUCGUAUUUAAUGAUGCCAUUUUCACGGUAUCAUUAAAGUCAGCUUUGGUCAGUUAGUGAAACAACAAGCUGUCGUUAUCUGAGACUGGAUAUAAAUAUGUAAUACGGGGUUACGGGCCACUGGAUUGCAUUUCAUCAACAAACCCCCUGUACACAACAGUUCACUUCACACGCUGUUAAAGUGGUCCGCUGCUUCAAAGUUGUCAACUGAGACGGAGCAUUUCAGUUUUGGAUUGACAGUGAAUACGAUCAUUGCGGGGUGUCGGCUCCGCUAGAAGACUCUCAUUUACAACUCCACCAGUCGCCCAAAUUUCUAUUUGUUGGCCUUGUCCGCACUGUAGAUGCAGGUGCUCUCAAACUCCGGGUCUCUGGGAGGGAAUUAGUCCAACUCGAAACACAACAGUAAAUGAAUCCCAGAAGGGAUCAGAUUUACUAAGUUACUAAUUAAAUGACUAAAAUGGUCAAAGGGAAUAUAAGGGAAAUUUGAAAGUCUAUUUUCUCAUCUUAUCAUCUUUAUUAUCAGGUAUGGCGUGAUUUUUUUUUUUUGUUUGUGUGCAUAUAUAACCGGAGAGUAACUCUUCUGUUGUACAGUAUAUACUCAAACAUAGCACAA